AUGAGCUGCACGCACAAAAGGCUAGCGUCGGCGGCGACCCGCCUCGCGUCGAGGUCAUCGUCCUCGUCGUCCCCGCCAGCGUCCACCUCCACCGCGACGGCGCGCCAAGCGGCUGCCACCGCACCAAUACCCAGACGCCUGUCCUCGACCUUUGCCGCCCGACCCGUUCCCCACCAUCCCUCGGAGACCCAUGCGACAUUACCAAGACCUCACCCGGUGACGAUACACCCCUCGACGCUGCCUGAGUUCCCGCCGCGGCGAGCCCUCGGCCGCGCGCCAAAACAGGGCACGGUCGGCGGCUUCUUCGACGUGGACGAAUGGGCCAGCCUGCAGCCUCCCCCCGAGUCUGCGUUGGCCGCGUUCGCACACCGUAUAGGCCUUGGCUUCCUCGCAGAGCCGCAGACGUCUACGACGACGACGACGACGACGGUCGAGGGUACCAUCGAUUCUGCUCCGAAGGGCCUCGCGGCGGUCCUGCAGGCGUGCACCCACCCCUCGGCCGUCGCCCCGCUGAAAAAGCUCAAGCUCCCGGAACCCGCGACGAACGGGGAUUUGGCCGCACUGGGAAACGCGCUGCUCGGGAUGUUCGCGGCGGAGUACGUUCAUUCGGCGUAUCCACACCUUCCGACGCGCGUGAUGAAGGCGGCCGUGAGCGCGUACGUGGGCACGACAACGUCUUCGAUGUUGGCGCGGGAGAUGGGCGUGACGCCAUUGUUGAGGUGGCAUCGGACGGCGGCUACGCCGUUAACACCCGCUUUGUUACACGCGGAUGCGCUCGCCACGGUGCCCCGCGCGCUGGUCGGCCUGGUAUUCACUCAUCGCGAUCUCGCGACCGCCCGCAAAUUCGCGCACGCGUUCUUCCUCAGCCGCGACGUCGAUCUCCGGAGCAUGAUCAAGUUCCGGGACCCGAAGAAGGCGCUCGUCGAGACCGUGAAGAAGUUUGGGCGAGAACGACCGGUAUCACGGCUGCUGAAAGAGACCGGACGACUGAGCAUAUCGCCCGUCUUCGUCGUCGGCGUCUACUCCGGCGCGGACAAGCUCGGCGAGGGCUUCGGCUCCUCGCUCAAGAUGGCCGAGUUCCGCGCGGCCGAGGACGCGCUUCUCCGGCUUUAUCUUACCCGCACGCCCCCGCACCAGCUGACGCUCCCGUCCGCGAACGUCGACCUGCUUGCGUUCCCCCCGGCGCUCGAGGCCGACGCGGCGUACACGCCGCCGGAGCUCGGCGAGCAGGAGACGGUGUACGCGAGCGCGGGCCGGAGCUCGAUCGUCCUAGGAAACGGGGAGAAGAGGAGGGGGCAGGGAGGAUACGUCGAUGAAGCGUAGUAGAAGGCGUCGCUGGCGCGCAAGUAUAUGUAGUAAACCUGCUUAAUGGAUUGCUUUCGUAC